ACGCGGAGAGCCAUUCAGUCGCAGAAGAGAGUUUAUCGAGUCAAAACCAAGUCCAAUCAGUUUCAAGUGAACGUCAAACUUUUGUUGUCCCUCUAGAGUGUGAAUCUGGUGCAAUAAAGAAAAAAAUCGCAAUCAUCGGUUUACGUACAACGAAAAAAAAGGGUGGAAAGUGUGACCUUGCUCCUUGACAAAGAAGCACACGUUUGAUUGCGCACUGAUUGAUACUCGGUUCGGGUGAGGUUGGUGAAAGUGAGAGUACCGACCGAAAACGGAAAGUGAUUGAUUUUUGACAGUCCUCAAUCGAAGGGGUGAUUGUUUAUUGUUAUCAGUGUGUUGUACUAGCAGCAAAGCAAGCCGGUGAAAAAUGGCCGACAGUGCAAACAAGCGCAACAUCCCAAUCAAGCUCGGCGACUUCAGCGUGAUCGACACGGAGUUUGCCAGCAUCCGCGAGCGGUUCGACUCCGAGAUGCGAAAGAUGGAGGAGGAGAUGUCCAAAUUUAGAUCGGAACUGAUGAACCGCGAGUCCAACUUUUUCGAGACCACCUCGAGUUUUUCCACCAAAAAGACGGCGACGUCCAGCAGCACCACCACAUCGAAUGCAGCAUCGGCCCUGCGACCACAGACCAGCAGCAGCAGCACACAGGUUCAGGACAUCAACUCCCCGCUGAUACAGGACAGCGCUUCCCAAUUUACCUCCACUACUGGUCGUGAGCCGAUACAAGAAACGGUCGAACAAGUAGAGGAUGGCGAUAACAAGGUGCUGAAGCUGCGCUUCGACGUCAGUCAGUAUGCCCCAGAGGAAAUUGUCGUCAAGACUGUGGACAACAAGCUGCUGGUCCACGCCAAGCACGAGGAAAAGUCCGACACCAAGUCCGUCUACAGGGAGUACAACCGGGAGUUCCUGCUCCCGAAGGGCUGCAACCCGGAGAUGAUCAAGUCCUCGCUCAGCAAGGACGGUGUCCUAACGGUGGACGCUCCGCUGCCGCCACAGGCCCUCACCGCCGGCGAAACCAUGAUUCCAAUUGCCCAUUAAAAAAAAAAGUUUAACAGCCCCUCUACAUAGUAGUUUCAUCCGCAUCCGCAAUCUUAAUCAAUGUACUCGAGGGAUGGGGAAGGCAGUGUUGUGUGCAUUCGGUGUAACAUGCGCAUUGCUUUCUCGUUGAAAGCCAUAAUUACCAGUGAGCCGAUAACCAAUUAAUUAGAGACAUCACCACCACCACCACCACCAGAUAGUGAGAGACGCGAGAUACAUAAUUCAACAACACAGUAGGCGUGCGCUUUUCGAUGAUAUUUUUGUUUCGAUAUUAGAUCUUUUACGAGCAACGAUUGCUUUGAUCACACCAAUUUCAGGGGGAAGUUUGGAAAAGAGAUCAGAUCCAAUUAAGGGAUUGGAAGGUUAUGGCUAGCUGUUAGGCCCUUAACAAUGUUCGACUCAUUCUACUCAUUAGUAAGCGAAAAACGGAAGAUAUUUUACACACUUGUGAUAACCCCUUUCUGACGAACAUCGUGAACGUAAUUACUUACUAUUCGACAUGAACCAUCACACAUAAUUAAAACAUCUUUAUGGAUUAAAUUGUGAGCUAGAAUCAUCAGUAACAGUUUUAACCGUGGCCUUUGUACCUAUACACUGAAAACAAGUCAUAGAAAAUCUGUGUAGGACUUUAACAUGUGCAAAAAUGUAAAGUUUUCGUGCAGAGUAUCGAUACACCAUGGUUCUUCCUGAAAAUAAAAAAAAAAAACAAACAUCGCACGUCGAAACUAAAAAAAAACACUCCAGUGUCAUUCAAUAAACUUCAUGAGCAAACUUCAUUUCAGAGACAAAACAUAAUGCAAGUGUAACCAUUAGCACUAUAUUUCGCCUUUUUGGCUUUAUAGGGCUAUUAUUCGGCUAAUAAAGAGCAUGCCAGCUUGCGCCCUACUAGCAUUGUAGUAGGGCACAAGCUGAAUGAUAGUGCUACCAGAUUACUUGGGAUAUUUGUUAAAGUGAACGAAAUGAUGAAUAAAAUGCUGAUUUUCUGAGAACUUGUCAAGUAUCUUAUUCAGCUUGCGAGUUUCGCGCUGUUGCCGUAUUUCAGCAUGGGAGUGUGUGCUUUCUGUGAAAUGUCUGGUUUUCCGUAACUUGGGGACCUCAUGCAAUUCUGCUUGAAAGCUUUUCAUUUUUGCACACGUAUUUCGAAGGUUUCUAUUCACGAUUUUGUAACGAUUAGAUGAUUUGGAUUUUCUUUUCUACCAAACUCACGCAAAUCCUCAAAAAACACCGGAAUGGUUCAGGAAUUUUAACACUCGUAACAACGACGUAACUUUUACCAACAACAGCUUAGAGGCAGCUACACAUCGAUACUACCUAUAUUGUAAACAACGCGUCGCGUCGCAAAGGCUUUCGAAGAACAACAAUUCUUAGAAGAUGAUGCUGAAUUAGUGAGAAGCAAGAACAAGACAACACACAGUCGACUACUUAGACCUAAUAUUACAGGCCUGCACUACCGUAACAGCAUGCAACAACCGUUUGUGUAUUUGUGCUUUAUUUAUUUUAUAUAAUGUAAAAUCUGAGAACCGUUCUAAGGAAUUAAAUCAGGACUUGACUAGGA